AUGUGGCCCAUAUUGGGACCUAUUAUAUACAAUCAGGCACUUCAAUCGACAAAUUUGAAUAAUAGCACAAUUCAGGAAGAUCGAAUGGUGCAAAAUACAAAUGAAAUAAAUUUAAAACUAAAUCCAUCAAAAUCAAUUAAAAUCGUUUCAAAUAUUCGAUAUAUCGAUCCAAUUUCAUCAACAUGUCUUAUAUUGUAUAGUCUAAUCCUGUUAUUACUUUGUGCUUUACCAAUCUUAGCACUUAAUAUUUAUUUACGACAAGCCUUUACUACUUUACAUCGAACAAAUCAAUUACAAGUAUAUGAUUCAUAUUAA